CUAACGUGAGCUAAAUAACCUUAACCAAAAACAGAUUUCUUUUAUUGGGGCGUUGUCUCCGCCAGAAGUGCAGUAUUUUAUUAGAAUGGCUGGUAAAUUUGUUUGUGUGGAAGACUAUGAGAAUCAUGCGAAAAAAGUGUUACCUUCGUAUGCCCUUGAAUAUUACAGAUCAGGGGCUGAUGAAGAGCAAACUCUGCGUGAAAAUCGCGAAUCUUUUAAAAGAUGGCGAUUAAUGCCUCGAAUGUUACGAGGAGUCCAAAAUCGUUCAAUGAAUGCUACAGCACUUGGAUGUCGUGUCUCCGCUCCUUUUGGAAUCGCUCCCACUGCUAUGCAGAGAAUGGCGCAUCCGGAUGGCGAGUGCGCGACGGCAAAAGCUGCUGCAGCGCAUGGCAUUAUCUACAUUCUGAGCACGAUUGCAACCAGCAGUAUCGAAGAAAUCGCCGAAGCCGCGCCCAACGGCACUAACUGGUUUCAGCUUUACAUUUACAAAGAUCGACAAGCCACGAUAGAUUUGAUUCGUCGUGCUGAGAAAGCCAAUUUCAAAGCUCUCGUCGUAACAGUUGACACUGCCGUGCUUGGCCGACGUCUCGUGAAUGAACGACACGGAUUCGACCUACCACCUCAUCUCAAAUUGGGCAAUUUCGACACCGUCGACGAGAAAUCAGAUUUUCACACGGUCAAGAAGGAAGAAGGAUCCCGUUUGGCGGCCUACGCUUCCGUCAUGUUCGACUCCAGUUUAACAUGGAAAGACAUUGAUUGGUUGAAAAGUAUCACCAAGUUACCCAUUGUGCUAAAAGGGAUCCUUCGCCCUGACGACGCCGAACUUGCUGUGCAACACGGAGUAUCUGCCAUAGGAGUUUCGAAUCACGGAGGGCGCCAAUUGGAUGGCGUUCAAGCAACGAUUGACGCACUUCCAGCCAUAGUUAAGCAGGUGAACGGACGUUGCGAAGUUUUUCUCGAUGGUGGCGUUACCAAAGGAACGGAUGUCCUUAAAGCUUUAGCUCUCGGCGCAAAAAUGACAUUUUUCGGUCGGCCGACGCUAUGGGGACUGGCACACAGCGGAGAAGAAGGGGUAAAAAAUAUUAUCCAACUUUUAAAAACAGAGAUCGACGUUGCUAUGGCACUGUCAGGCUGCUCUUCUGUGGAUGAAAUCGAUUCAUCUUUAGUCCUCCGCCAAGAAUUGUAUUCGAACCUUUAAGUGAAAAUCACGAACGAACGUCAAAUGUUUUUAUAGUUAUUACUCGGGAUAGUUUUCUGGUCAGGUGAAUAAAUAAUCUUCCAAACUUUGAAUUAGCAUCAUCUUGAGUUGAACUC